AAUUCUCUAAUACAGCUUGAUCGCUUGCGUGAUAAGCUCUCUCCCUGCAACUAUCACAUCUAGGUGGCUAGCCUGAGCAUUUCGCUGUUUUAUGAAACGCGUCAGCCGUUCCACCUGAAGUCUUUCUUCACAGCCUUUUCCCUGACACUUUUUAUUGAUUGGUUGGUUGGUUGGUUGGUUGGGCUCCCAAGAACAAGAACGUUCGUCCGCUAACAGUUUGGCGCAUUUCACGGUGCCGUGAAAUAAGGUUGAUUUUAGAAACAGCCGAUACAGCAGGCGCGGGCGCCGGCACGGGAGUUCUUUCUCGGCAACAAUGCCCCCGCUUCUCCAUCAGGCCUCGUGCCCGGGCACCGAUACAAGGAUGAAACCUCGCGAAUCCGUCGCAGUCACACUCGAUACAAUCACGAUGGACGCAGAACGCUACUUGCCACUUCCAAGCGGAGAGCCGAUGGCGCAAGCUGACUCCGAGUCGCGAGGAAACAGGCGGUUCGGGUCCGUCGGGUUUAUAAGACACGAGGGCCUCGAAGCUCCCUUGCUGGGAAAAAGCGAGUCGGGAGAAGGCGACUCGGACACCCUCUCCGGGAGGGAUAUCGAACGCGCUGCGGGCGUCGUCGGCGGCGGCGCGGGCGAAGGAGAGCGCGCCAAGGGAGCGAGAGCCGCGGAGGAGUAUCGGCGGAUCGAUCGGCGGGGGAACAGCGGGUUUAUCGAGAGCGUAUUUAACGGCAUCAAUGUCCUCGCUGGCAUCGGCAUUCUAUCGACGCCAUACGCCACAGCGCAAGCCGGGUGGCUCGGCCUGCUAGUUCUCCUCUUCUUCGCCGGGGCGUGCUGCUACACCGCCAUCCUGCUGCGCCGAUGCAUGGACUUCCAGCCACAUCCGCAACCGCAAGACGCGACUUCGGACUUAGUGUCCCUUGACUGCUUCGCAGACGCCCCACCGCUUCCUCCGCACUCCGCCGCCUCCGCGCGGGCGUCCGCCCGCGCGUCCCCCCGCAUCGUGCGCGCGCCGCGCCCCAUCCGCUCGUACCCGGACAUUGGGGAGGCGGCGUUCGGGCGCGCGGGGCGGUGGCUGACGGCGUUUCUGCUCUACUUCGAAUUAUACGCUGUGACUGUAGAGCUGCUGAUUCUAGAGGGGGACAACCUCGCGCAUCUGUUCCCGUCCGGCGAUAUUUGUCUGCUCCCGGGGAGCCUUCUGGGGGAGGGGGGCAGUGGGGGGAUGAGCGGUGGGGGGGUGAGUAACGGUGGAGUGUGGUUUCUGGAAGGAAUAGCAAGAGGGGGAGAGGGAGGAGGAGUAGGAGGAGGAGGAGGGGGGCAAGGAGGAGUGUUUGGAGCAGCAGCAGCGUUGGGAGCAGCAGUUGUGAGGGGGAUAGAACCAGCAUUGGAAGCAGUAUCACUGGCUACAGGAGCAGGGAGCUUAUGCAUAGAACCGAAGCAGUUCUACGUCAUUCUAUCCGCGUUAUUAGUCCUCCCCACCGUCUGGCUAAGAGACCUCAGCCUGCUGGCGUAUAUCUCAGCCGGCGGUGUACUGGCGUCGCUGCUACUCGUCUUCGGCGUGGGAUGGCUUAAAGAGGUUGACCAUAUCGGGGAUAUUCCAGGGGGAAUCAGCAGCACUACAGAGUGGUUCAAACCCAUGGGUUUACCCGCAGCGGCUGGGUUAUUCGGCUUCUGCUUUUCCGGCCACGCGGUCGUUCCUAAUAUUUACCGAUCAAUGCGCAAACCGGACCAUUUUACGCCGGUUAUGCUUGUGAGUUUCGCGGCGUGCACUUUGCUCUAUGGCGGGAUGGCUCUUAUGGGGUAUGCCAUGUUCGGCUCGGGGGUCUUGUCUCAGAUCACGCUUAACUUGCCGCCGGCACUUAGCGCGUCCAAGUGGGUCGUUUGGACAACUGUGGUGAAUCCUUUUACCAAGUUCGCGCUUACGCUGCUGCCGAUAGCGCUGGCGCUGGAGGAAACUCUCCCCACCGCCCACCCUCACUCACUCCCUCACUCAGACUCACACUCAGACUCACACUCAGACUCACACUCGCAUCCUCACUCUACCCAAGAGACAAGUGGCAGCAGCAGAAGCAAAAGCAGCAGCAGAGGGGAGAACGGCAUGGGAGGGCAUGGCACGGGCCACGGUGCCCCGGCUGAAGGGCAUGCGAUAAGUGCGGAUGAUCAUGAGUCUAUGCCCCUAGGAGGGGGAGGUGAAAGCAUUGGCACGGAAGGUGAAAGCAUGGGUAUGGAGGUUGAUUCCACGCCCUUGGGGGUGGACUCAUGGCAGCACAUAGCGUCGGCAACGGCCCUCCGCACGGCGCUAGUGGCCGGCGCGGUCACUGUAGCCCUCUCCGUCCCGUUCUUCGGCUUAGUCAUGGCCUUCAUCGGAAGCUUCCUCUCGCUUUCCAUCUCGGUGAUGCUCCCCUGCGCGUGCUAUUUGCAGCUUAUGGGCGGGCCGUGGAGGCAAGGGGGGAGGCUGGGGUGGGGGGAGGCGGUGGGGGUGGUGGGGUUGUUUUUGGUCGGCUUGCUGGCUGCUGCUUCAGGGACGUUUUAUGCCAUUAGGGGGAUCACAGACGAGUGGUGAUGGGGGGGCGUUGAUGGGGUAGGGGUAGUGGAUAAGGAGAGGGGUGUUGCAGAGGCUUAUGGGUGGGCAGAGGAGGGCAGGGGGGAGACUGGAGAGCAGGGGGAGUGGUGGGUGAACGAGGGGUUGGUUCUGAUCGGUUUAUUAGCUGCUUCUGAGCAAUGCAUGGUGUUAUUGGUACGGGGCUUUUUGACAAGGGGGGGGGGGGGUUGCUUUUGGGAGGGAUGAGAGGCAAAAGCUUGGGUGGGAGGGAGGUGGUGGUUGUGAUGAUGCUGCUGUUAACGGUGCGCUCCUGUUAAUGGUUUGCGUAUGGCUGCUGCUUCGAGGUGCUUUGUAGUGAUGGUAGAAGGGAGGAGGGGGGGGAAGAGGAGAGACGAGGGAGAGAAGGGAGAAGGUUUGCCCGCCCGGUGGUGGCCCUGCCCAACUACCUUAUGAAUGUGGCUGCAAGUGGCUGCAAUUUUGCCUGGCGGUUUAUUGCCUCUUGCAGCUGCUGCUUGCCCUACAAGCUUUCGCAAGAAAAAUGCUCUAUGUAUUGCUCAAGUUAUAGCCCUUGCUCUGUUUUCAGCUCCCUCCAAGGCUUUG